AUGGACGCACCGAUCGACGACACUACGAAGCGCACGGUACAGCAGAUUCCGCUGCUCAAGACACGUGCGGGUCCGCGUGACGGCGAACAAUGGACGAAACGGCUGAAAGAGGAGUACCUGGCGCUGAUCCAGUACGUCAAGACGAACAAGGACGCAGACAACGACUGGUUCACGAUCGAGAGCAACAAGACGGGCACGCGCUGGACGGGCAAGUGCUGGACGUUCUACAGCGGCCUGCGCUACGAGUUCGACCUCGAGUUUGAGAUCCCAGCCACGUACCCGGUCGCCAACCCGGAGCUCUGUAUUCCAGAGCUAGAGGGCAAGACGUCCAAGAUGUACCGAGGCGGUAAAAUCUGCCUCACGAUUCACUUUGCACCGCUGUGGCAAAAGAACGUUCCGCGCUUUGGUGUUGCGCACGCGCUCGCCCUUGGUCUGGCGCCGUGGCUUGCCGCAGAAGUACCGGACCUAGUGGAGCGUGGACUCAUUUCUCCGGCGUAA